GCCAGCUUAAAGCCACGCUAGUGUGAGGGGACAGUAAGCAGCGCGGGCGCAGGCAGAGGUCCAGACGCAGUAGCAGCGGACUCAAGAGGCCUGGAACCUAGCGAGCAACAUGAGCAACAAAAGCGAUGUGAUCGUGGUGGGGGGCGGCAUCUCAGGUAUGGCAGCAGCCAAACUUCUUCAUGACUGUGGCCUCAGUGUGGUGGUUCUGGAAGCACGGGACCGUGUGGGAGGCAGGACUCACACAAUUAGGAAUAAAAAUGUUAAAUAUGUGGACCUUGGAGGAUCUUAUGUUGGACCAACCCAGAAUCGUAUCUUACGAUUGGCCAAAGAGCUAGGAUUGGAGACCUAUAAAGUUAAUGAAGUCGAGCGGCUGAUACACUUUGUAAAGGGAAAAUCAUAUGCCUUCAGGGGCCCAUUUCCACCAGUAUGGAAUCCUAUCACCUACCUAGAUAGUAACAACCUCUGGAGGACAAUGGAUGAGAUGGGCCAAGAGAUUCCCAGUGAUGCUCCAUGGAAGGCACCCCUUGCUGAAGAGUGGGACUACAUGACAAUGAAAGAAUUGCUAGAUAAGAUCUGCUGGACCAAAUCUACAAAGCAGAUUGCCACGCUCUUUGUGAACCUGUGUGUAACUGCAGAGACCCACGAGGUCUCUGCACUAUGGUUCCUGUGGUAUGUGAAGCAGUGUGGAGGUACAACCAGAAUCAUCUCAACAACCAAUGGAGGACAGGAGAGGAAAUUUAUUGGUGGAUCCGGUCAAGUGAGUGAACGGAUAAAGGAUAUACUUGGGGACCGAGUGAAGCUGGAGAGGCCUGUGAUCCACAUUGACCAGACAGGGGAAAAUGUUGUUGUGAAAACCCUAAACCACGAAAUAUAUGAGGUAAGCAACACGUUCAAAGUCAGGGAAAGAGAUCAGAGGCCCAUGUGUAAGGAAGAUUAUAUGAAGCCAAGAAUAGCCCACACUUCAUAUAGUCUAUUUGCCAGAGUUAACUACAUUUAUCUAAAAGAACAAAAACAGAAGAAAGGAGAUCUUCAGAGGUCAGGUUUGGAAUAUUUCUGUGGAACCAUGGUUAUUGAAGGAGAGGAAGCUCCAAUUGCGUACACAUUGGAUGAUACCAAACCAGAUGGCACCUAUGCUGCUAUAAUGGGAUUUAUCCUUGCUCACAAAGCUAGAAAACUGGUACGUCUCACCAAAGAAGAAAGACUGAGGAAACUUUGUGAGCUAUAUGCAAAAGUGCUGAACUCCCAAGAAGCUCUGCAGCCAGUCCAUUAUGAAGAGAAGAACUGGUGUGAAGAACAGUAUUCUGGGGGCUGCUACACAACCUACUUCCCUCCCGGCAUCUUGACCCAGUAUGGAAGGGUUCUACGUCAGCCAGUGGGCAAGAUUUUCUUUGCAGGCACUGAAACAGCUUCACACUGGAGUGGCUACAUGGAGGGAGCUGUGGAGGCUGGGGAGAGAGCAGCCAGAGAGAUUCUUCAUGCCAUUGGGAAGAUUCCAGAAGAUGAAAUUUGGCAGCCAGAACCAGAAUCUUUGGAUGUCCCUGCACGACCCAUUACCAGUACCUUCCUGGAGAGACACCUGCCUUCUGUACCAGGCCUGCUAAAGCUGUUUGGAUUGACCACCAUCUUGUCAGCAACAGCUCUUGGUUUCCUGGCCCACAAAAGGGGUCUGUUUGUACAUUUUUAAAGUUGGGCUUUAGAGCCACAUCCACAGGCUUUUCAUUCAGUGUGUCUCAAAGGCUUUACAAAGGAGUUGAGAUUAAAAAAAAAAUCUUACAAAGACAAAGAGAAAAUAGAGUGAGAAAGCACAGUAACUUGUUCUCCAUUUUGGUUCAUUUUCAACUUUCCUGCCCUCUGAGUGUUUAGAACAGACACACAGGCUUGUCCCUUGCUAUCUCACAACCUACCUGCCCCAUGUACACAGUUUUAUUCAAAACCCUAUGGCUUUAUGCUUGUCUUUCAUCUGGUGUGUUAUGUCCUCACCUAUGUCAAGUUACUUGCCAUUGUACCUAGAAUCCUGUCUUGUUAGAACUGGAAGCCAAUAGAUACUAUACUUCAUUGUCUACUUUAAAGUUAAAUAAACCAAAUGCAACAAAGGUAAAUCCUACUCACACAAGCCCUACACUAAGCUACUGGCAUUUGGGUGGCUAGAACACAAGUUGAUGCUUUUCUCACCUCCCAAGGUUCAUUCGCCUAUGAUACUCCUCCACCUUAUGCCAUAGUCACUGAUGGUUGUUCUUGUGGAUUUACUCUGUAUUAACUGGUAUUGUGUUACUCAGUAGAUAUCUUCUACUCUGGCUGUUUUGUGCAGCAUUGCCAGCUGAUUUUAAAUUUUCUUGAGAUUGGGAGUCUUGUUUUUGUCAUUUUUUUCUUGCAUCUUCUAGUUAGUAUGCUUCCAUUCAAAGUUUAAGACAUGCUUAGGUAAUUAACAAUAAAGCUGUUUGACCAUA